UGACUGGAUAUGAAGUUGGGAAGAGUUUUAAACUCCACUCCUUAAGUUUGAAAUGGUGUCGACGACCACAGAGGUGCUUCACCUGAAGUUAAGGUAGAAGAUUGAGAGGUCAGCACAAGCUCACAAGCCUGGCAAACCCACGCUCCCUCGGAAUUGUUCUCCGCUGACAAAUUAUAAGCAGGCUCAUUCAAAUCCAUCAUGGCGGAUGAAGUAUGCGAAAGAGAUUCAGGGGAACUUCUGGCAUCAAAGCUCGGAACUAAGGAAUUCUGGGAUGAAGCCUACUCUGCAGAAUUGGAUAAUUUUCAUGACACUGGUGACGUUGGAGAAGUCUGGUUUGGAGAAAGCAGCAUGAACAGAAUAAUUAAAUGGAUCAAAAACUGUCCAAACAUAAGAAAGACAUCACUGUUUUUAGACUUAGGAUGUGGAAAUGGCAUUCUUCUGGUGAAUCUGGCUCGGCACGGCUACACAAGCUUGAUUGGUGUGGAUUAUUCAGAAGGAGCAAUCAACUUAGCCAAAUCAAUUGCAGUAGCAGAACAAGUCAAAAUUAAAUUUCUGGUCUGUGACAUCUUAAACACAUCAGAGAGUAGUGCCAUGUGCACUGGCAAGAAAUUUGAUGUGUGCCUGGACAAAGGAACUUAUGAUGCAAUCAGUCUCAAUCCAGAAGAUGCCAAGGGCUGCCGGGUAAAGUACAUUGACAAUGUUUUUAGUCUGCUGGCAGCUGGUGGACUCUUCAUCAUCUGCUCCUGUAACUGGACAAAGACUGAGCUACUUGAGCAGUUUAAAGACAAGUUUGAAUUUUUAGAAGACCUCCCUGCACCUUCCUUGUCAUUUGGCGGUCAGACAGGAAGCACAGUCACAACUCUGGUAUUUAAAGCAAGAAACACGUGACAACAUGGGCAGUCACACUAAAAGUUGUUACCACUGGCACAUGGUACAUAGUGUAACGUGUACUUAAAAACAAAGCCAUUCUAAGGAACACGAGUUGUUGAUCCCUUUUGUUACUGAACUGAAGGAGGUCUGGUAACGAGUUCGGUCUACCCUGAUGAUUUCACAGAAAAUAAGGAAUGAAGCCAACCUGGCUCGCCUGUAGUUACCAGUGCCUUCCAUAGGAAUGUGGGGUACAGUACUGGAAACUAGGAUUAUGUUGAAUUCAUGAGAAGGAGACCCAAUGAACUGAAAAA